CGACGUGCCUGACAAUUACAAGCUCGUGUCUCUCCACGUCGAGAAGUUCCAAGGUUAAGGCAUUCGCGCUGCAUCAAUGCCUCCGUUCGACAAGUCGAAGAAGAAGGAUGCGUCGCAGAUGGUGAUGCUCAGGCCGUUCAAGUUCCUCAAACGCGUGAAUUGCUAUAAGGUGUCGAACCAUAUCAUGACGAUUGAAAACAACCUGCAGUUGUCAACUCCCUUCGUGCCCUUCGACUGUGAUCUUGGAGACUUCGCAAACAUGGUGCGAUGUCACAAGCUGCAGGCGAUGGGCCAAGCCGUUUUGCGAACUACCGUCUUUGUGAGUUCGCUAAAGGCGGUAGGCAAGAGUUGUGGGGAGCCGAAAACAUCCGCCCGUAUGAGCAAAAGUGGGGCUGCAUCGACACAGACAAAGAGCGUGAGCAAAUCAGCUUCUCUGCUCCAGCCGAAGGGUGUGUCUGCGACGCGGGCACCAUCACAUGCAGAAUAUGCGGCAUGUGUUUCUUUGACUCCGACUGGUAGGGCCACUGACCAUGAGGGUGACGACGAAAACAUAGGGGAGGACUCGCGCUUCAGACAGUGGGACGGUGGGCAGUGGGCCGAUGGCAAAGACGCAAAAGACACGGAAGGGGACAACGACGAACGGUGGUUCCGCGACGGUGCACACGAUGAAGAGGGAAGCUCGGAGGAUGGCUUGGCCGAAGACGAUGGUAGUGAAGGCCAUUAGGAUGGUGGUCACGAGGGCGAUGGGAGUGAAGAAGAAGAAAAUGAGGAUGCAAGUGACGAGGACGCCGCAGAACGGGAAGACAACUACGAAGGGGGGAGCGAAGGAGAUGAGGGUGGGGCGGACGACGACGAUGGCGGGAAUAGAGGGUCGCAGAAAAGGCGGGAACAUUCUUCCCGUGCCACAAGUCAUGACGGUCCGGCAGAAGAUGAAGAUGUGUUGCAUGGCACACAAAGGUCUGUGUGCAUGCGCAAGAGGAAAAUGAAAUGUGGGAAAGAAG